GCAUAAGCAUGAAAAUUGAAAUUAAAAGGCAUAUGCUCUGGUUUCUCCGGUAAUUUAAUCGCACGGAAGGUUAGCAGAGAAACGAACAAACGCUAAUUUAAAGGGCUCUUUAGAAAACAGUCGGAGUUCGGUGAUUUGGGAUUUGCAGUGUCCUCGGAAAUUUUGUUUGUCUUCAAUUGAUCAGGGUUUCGUACGAUUUGACCUAGAAGAUUGGGUUUUCCUGAGGAAACAAGUUCAUCGUCAAAGUCCGUAAUCUCUAUGGGGAAGGGUGGCCAAGACUACGGUAAGGCGGAAAUCGUUAGCCCCAAACCCUCCGAUCGAGAGGUGUUUCCAGCCUGGGCGAAACAGAUUCCAGAAUGCGAGCAGCACUACCAGGUGAACAAGAUAUCUGGACUAGGAUCCGAAGACGUCGAGAGAUGGCGCAAGAUCUACGGCUACAAUGAACUGGAGAAGCAUGAGGGCCAGUCCAUUUGGUCUCUGGUUAUCGAGCAGUUCAACGACACUCUGGUCCGGAUCCUACUUGUGGCGGCAGUCAUAUCCUUCGUGCUCGCCUGGUACGAUGGAGAUGAGGGCGGCGAGAUGGAGAUCACCGCCUUCGUGGAGCCUCUUGUGAUUUUCCUUAUCCUGAUUGUUAACGCAGUCGUUGGAGUUUGGCAGGAAAGCAAUGCUGAGAAGGCACUAGAAGCGCUUAAGGAGAUUCAAUCGGAGCACGCCACGGUUAUUCGCGACGGCAAGAAGCUCCACAAUUUGCCUGCGAAGGAGCUAGUACCCGGCGAUAUCGUGGAGCUUAGGGUUGGCGAUAAGAUCCCUGCCGAUAUGCGCGUCUUGGAAUUGAUUAGCUCGACCUUAAGGGUUGAGCAGGGGUCACUGACUGGAGAAAGUGAAGCUGUGAAUAAGACCAAUAAGGCAGUUCAGGAGGACGCUGAUAUUCAAGGGAAGCGAUGUAUGGUUUUUGCUGGGACGACGGUUGUGAAUGGUAAUUGCUUUUGCUUGGUUACUCAGACGGGUAUGGAGACAGAGAUUGGAAAGGUGCAUGAACAAAUUCACGAGGCAUCGCAGAGCGAGGAAGAUACGCCGUUGAAGAAGAAGCUGAAUGAGUUUGGUGAGAUGCUGACGAUGAUAAUUGGAGUGAUAUGCGCGGUGGUGUGGCUCAUCAAUGUGAAGUACUUUCUUACUUGGGAGUAUGUGGAUGGGUGGCCUAGAAAUUUCAAAUUUUCGUUCGAGAAGUGCACGUAUUACUUUGAGAUUGCAGUGGCAUUGGCGGUGGCUGCAAUUCCCGAAGGUUUACCGGCGGUUAUCACGACGUGCUUGGCGCUUGGUACGCGUGAAAUGGCUAAGAAGAAUGCCCUUGUGCGGAAGCUGCCGAGCGUUGAAACUCUGGGUUGUACGACUGUGAUUUGUUCGGAUAAAACCGGAACCUUGACUACAAACCAGAUGGCUGUGACGAAGCUUGUGGCGAUGGGGAGUAAUGCUGACAGGCUUCGAACCUUCAAGGUUGAUGGGACUACAUACAAUCCAUAUGAUGGUAAAAUACACGACUGGCCAAUGGGUGGUAUGGAUGAUAAUCUUCAAAUGAUUGCAAAGAUAGCUGCUGUCUGCAAUGAUGCGGGCAUUGCUCAGUCAGAGCAUAAAUAUGUAGCCACUGGAAUGCCUACCGAGGCAGCUCUAAAGGUUUUAGUUGAGAAGAUGGGCCUUCCUGAAGGUUCUAACCAUGGUGGAUCAACGACUAGGAGUGAUUUACUACGUUGCUGCCAAUUGUGGAAUGAAUAUGAACAUAGGUUCGCAACUCUUGAGUUUGAUCGCGAUAGGAAGUCCAUGGGUGUUAUUGUGAACUCCCAAUCGGGGAAAAAGUCAUUGCUAGUGAAGGGUGCUGUAGAAAAUCUCUUAGAGAGGAGCACUAAGAUUCAGUUGCUUGAUGGUUCCGUUCGAUUUCUUGAUGAGAAUUCAAGGAAACUCAUUUUAGAUGCUCUUCAGGAAAUGUCAACUGGUGCACUGCGCUGUCUUGGUUUUGCAUACAAAGAUGAGCUCGGUGAUUUUGAAACCUAUGAUGGUAAUGAAGAUCAUCCAGCUCACGCACUUUUACUUGAUCCUUCAAAUUAUUCAUCCAUUGAGAGUGACCUCAUUUUUGUUGGCUUCGUUGGACUGAGGGACCCUCCUAGGCAAGAGGUUUACGAAGCAAUUGAGGACUGCAGAGCAGCCGGGAUUCGUGUUAUGGUUAUCACUGGAGAUAAUAAGAAUACAGCAGAAGCAAUCUGUCGGGAAAUUGGUGUAUUUGGACCUAAUGAAGACAUAAAUUUAAAAAGUAUAACAGGAAAAGAGUUUAUGCAACUGCAUGAUCAGAAAGCUCAUCUACGCCAAACUGGUGGGCUCCUGUUUUCUAGGGCUGAACCAAGGCACAAGCAAGAAAUUGUGAGAUUGCUUAAAGAGGAGGGAGAGGUGGUUGCCAUGACUGGUGAUGGAGUGAAUGAUGCGCCUGCAUUGAAACUCGCUGAUAUUGGGAUUGCAAUGGGCAUUGCUGGAACAGAGGUCGCAAAAGAAGCUUCAGAUAUGGUGUUGGCAGAUGAUAAUUUUAGUACAAUUGUUGCUGCUGUUGGUGAAGGCAGAUCUAUAUACAACAAUAUGAAGGCAUUUAUCAGGUACAUGAUUUCGUCCAACAUGGGUGAGGUCGCCUCUAUUUUUCUAACUGCAGCUUUAGGUAUUCCCGAGGGCCUGAUACCUGUCCAACUUCUGUGGGUCAAUCUUGUUACUGAUGGACCACCUGCAACUGCUUUGGGAUUCAAUCCUCCAGAUAAGGACAUAAUGAAGAAGCCACCUCGUAGAAGUGAUGACUCACUAAUCAAUGCUUGGAUUUUAUUCCGCUAUCUGGUCAUCGGGAUGUAUGUUGGAAUAGCAACCGUUGGUAUAUUUAUCAUUUGGUACACCCAUGGUUCCUUCCUGGGCAUCGACCUCAGUGGAGAUGGUCAUAGCCUGGUCACAUACUCCCAACUUUCCAACUGGGGGCAGUGCUCAUCCUGGAAGAACUUCACCGCCUCAUCCUUCACUGCUGGCAGCCAGGUUAUCUCUUUUGAAAACCCUUGUGAUUAUUUCCAUGGUGGUAAAGUGAAAGCGAUGACACUCUCGCUCUCUGUUUUGGUUGCCAUCGAAAUGUUCAACUCCCUCAAUGCCCUUUCCGAGGACGGAAGCCUCUUAACAAUGCCCCCAUGGGUGAACCCGUGGUUGCUUUUGGCCAUGUCUGUCUCAUUUGGCCUGCACUUCUUGAUCCUCUACGUGCCAUUCCUGGCAGGAGUAUUUGGCAUUGUGCCCCUCAGCUUCAAUGAAUGGCUCUUGGUUUUGGUAGUUGCAUUGCCCGUGAUUCUGAUUGAUGAGAUUCUCAAGUUCGUAGGGAGAUGUACAAGUGGGUCUCAAGCACCCAGUAGAAGAACGAUAAAACCCAAGUCAGAGUGAGGCAACUUGUGGAGAAUUUUUAUUCCUAAGACUGCCACUGUUGGUUGGUAUUUUUGACAUGGGAUUCUUAACCUCCGUUCUUUUGGUACUUCAUAGUUUUUUAUGGGGAAGAAAAAAAGAAAAAAGAAAAGGACAUUUUUUCCUUACUUCAUUAGAAAAUUUAUGCAGCUCGUUCUUUUCA